CACCGCCCCGUUACACCCUCAUGAUAAAGAGUCCUGAUGGACUGACGAACACAUGAGUGGGAACAGCAUACGCAGGAAGCAGCAGCCAUAGUCAUGGACACUAUAGGAACAAAGAAUUUACAAGUUGACCCGGAGAAGUUAUUCACCAAGCUUGACAGGAUUGGGAAGGGAUCGUUCGGAGAGGUCUUUAAAGGCAUUGACAAUCGCACGCAACAGGUGGUUGCUAUAAAAAUCAUUGAUCUGGAGGAAGCUGAAGAUGAGGUGGAAGACAUCCAACAGGAGAUUACAGUCCUCAGCCAGUGUGACAGCCCCUUCAUCACUAAAUACUAUGGUUCUUAUCUGAAGGACACAAAACUAUGGAUCAUCAUGGAAUAUUUAGGAGGGGGUUCUGCUCUGGAUUUGCUGGGACCCGGAGCUCUCGACGAGUCCCACAUUGCCACCAUCCUCAGAGAGAUCCUGAAGGGUCUGGAUUACCUUCACACCAAAAAGAAAAUUCACAGAGAUAUUAAAGCUGCUAACGUCCUGUUGUCAGAGAAGGGUCAAGUGAAGCUAGCUGAUUUCGGUGUAGCCGGGCAGCUCACAGACACACAGAUGAAGAGGAACACGUUUGUGGGCACUCCGUUUUGGAUGGCACCAGAGGUCAUAAAACAGUCAGAGUAUGACUCAAAGGCAGAUAUCUGGUCAUUGGGCAUAACUGCAAUUGAGCUAGCAAAAGGAGAGCCACCCCACUCUGAACUUCAUCCCAUGAAGGUGUUAUUUCUCAUCCCCAAGGAAAACUCACCCACACUAGAGGGAAGCAACAACAAAGUUCUCAAAGAGUUUGUGGAUGCCUGUCUCAAUAAAGACCCCAACUUUAGGCCAUCAGCUAAAGAGCUUUUGAAACACAAAUUUAUCACUCGAUAUGCUAAGAAGACAUCAUUCCUGAUGGAUCUUAUCGACAAGUACAAGAGAUGGAAAGCAAAACAGUCCCGCGAUGAGUCCAGCUCCGAUUCAGAAUCAGAUGACGAUGAAGCAUCUGGAGAGUCUGUGGAUGAUGACUGGAACUUCGGCACUCUCAUAAGAAAUAGGCCCACAGUGAAACACAAUGGAGUCAUACAAAAUGAAGAACUACAAGAGAUUCCAGACACUGCAAAGCCUCUGUCCGAGAGCAAAGACUCCAAGUCCUCGAUUAUAUCGCCACUGUUUGCAGAGCUGAAUCAGAAGAAAGAUGUUUAUAAGCCAGCGGUGUUAGAGGAGCUGAAGCAGGCCAUGCUCCUGGCUGAAGAGACAUGUCCCGGGAUCACCGACUCUAUGCUGACAGGAGUUGUUCAGAGGUUAAAGAGGUUUUCAUCUCAGCACUGACUGACUCACUGACUUCCUGCAUGAAGACAUUAUGUAUUUUCUUUAGUUUUAUUAAGGUGGGAUUGUAAUUGUCAUUUAUAAAUCUAAUUUGCCUGCUGUCUGUACAUAACUGUUAAAUGUGAACUGGAUUUAAGGACCCCAUAAAGGUUUCCAGUAAUUCCUGGAAGAAAUAGUU